GGGAAAAGGGGGUGGAUGGUUUGUUCUUGGGGUCCCUGGUGCAAUCUCAGCUCCUCAUGGGUGCUAUUUUGCAACCUCAGGCGCCUGCUAUUGGUCAGCCCAUGAUCAGAUGGUUGUAUUUCCUUGUGUCCCUCGCUGGCACCACGCCAUCUCCCUUCAGCUAAAACCCAAUCUCCGAUAUACUACUAAUAGCUAAACCACUUGGACUAUAAAACACAACAAAUCAUAAAGCCGGGAAAGGACGGCAAGGCUCCUUCCAAUGAGUUCUUAUUUUGUCAACUCGACCUUCCCGGUGAGUCUGGCGGCGGGGCAGGAGCCCUUCCUGGGACAGAUCCCGCUGUAUCCCUCGGGCUAUGCGGAUCCGUUGAGGCACUACCCCACCACCUAUGGAGCCACGGGCGUCCAGGAGAAGGGCUACACCUCCUCUCCCUACUACCAGCAAAGCAAUGGAGCCUACAGCCGCAGCUCCGCCUGUGACUAUGGGGCCGGCGGGUUUUUCAGGGAGAAGGACCCUGCUUGCGGGCCCCCCAACCUGGACGAGGUGCCCUUCGCCCCCGAGCCGCGCAAGUCGGACUGCGCACAGAGCAAAACGGGGUUCGGAGAGAGCGAGGAGCAAAAGUGUUCCGCCCCGGUUUACCCCUGGAUGCAGCGGAUGAACUCUUGCAAUAGUUCUUCCUUUGGGCCCAGCGGCCGCCGAGGCCGUCAGACCUACACCCGCUACCAGACGCUGGAGCUGGAGAAGGAAUUUCACUUCAACCGCUACCUGACCCGGCGCCGGCGGAUCGAGAUCGCCCAUUCCCUUUGCCUGACGGAGCGGCAGAUCAAAAUUUGGUUCCAGAACCGCAGGAUGAAGUGGAAAAAAGAGAAUAAAUUGCUCAACUCCUCGCAACUGAGCGCGGAGGAGGAGGAGGAGAAAACAGCGGAGUGAAAGUAUUAUUUAAAACAUACACACAAAAAUAAAAGGGGAAAAAAAAGAGUGAGUGAAUGUGUGUGUGUGUGUGAGAGCUGAGAGAAUGAGGGAUGUGUGAGCUGGCUGCGGGCACAUGGAAAACCUGCACAUUGGUGGGACAUGCCCUCCGCAGCAGCAGCAACAGCUAAAAAGUUUGGGCCACCGAUACCCAUGGACUCGUGUUCCCAGUGAUCUGUCGUGUCCAGGAAAAAAAAGAAAUCAGGCUUCUAGUUGCGUUUAUUUUUUUUUUUUCCCUUCUUAGACCUCCAUCCCCUCCCACUCCACCCCCAAGGUAAAAUAAUAAUAAUAAACAAGUAAAGUGAUAGAGAGAGAAGGGGGAAAAGAAAGAGAAAGAGAAAAGAAAAGGAAAAAAAAAAAAAAAAGGAUUCCUACCCUUGUUUCUACCCUUGGUGUCACUGUUAGUAAUCUGCUAACUCUUGUAUUUAAUGGAAGUGCUGCAAUAUAUGUCAUUUGGGGUGUUUAUUGUCUUAAUUUUGUAAAAAUGUUUCAUGCACGGUUGACAUAGGGUUGUUUCAUCUUUUUUUUAUGUUUCUUUUUAUUUUUUUCUCCUUUGGUAAAUUAAUCAAGCUCUGGGGUCUUCGUAAACAGGUUUUUGGGGAUUUGCUCCUGAAAGAAGUAGUUUUUGGGGAUUCGUUUCAGUCUACUGAAAGAACGAGUACUACCUAAAGGAUGCAAAAGCAACAACAAAAAGUUAUAUUUUAUUAAUUUUUGUACGUGUUGUGUUUGAAGCUUGUCUUAGGUAUAAACAUGGAAUUCUCUAAUAAAAACAAAGUCUUCGA